GUUUCAUAACGAAUGUGAAGCGUUUUUGCUGUCGUACAUUCAGAAUGGAAAAAAUAAAAAAACGUUUUGCCAAAAACAUCCCACCAUAUGACUUGAAGAGCAAGAGACAACAGAAAACGAGAGAUGUUUGUCGUAAACCAAGAACACGUAGCAGGGGUCGGAUUGAGUUGGGUGAUAUAACACAACACAACAUCAAGCAGCUGAAGAGGUUAAACCAAGUUGUGUUUCCCGUCACGUACAACGACAAGUUUUACAAAGAUGUCUUGGAGGUGGGAGAACUCGCCAAGCUAGCAUAUUACAAUGAUAUUGUGAUCGGCGCUGUGUGUUGUCGGAUUGACACGUCAGAAAACCAGCGUCGACUCUACAUCAUGACACUGGGCUGUUUGGCGCCGUACAGGAGGCUUGGUAUUGGCACAGUGAUGCUACACCACGUCCUAAAGAUCUGUGAAGAUGACGGGAACUUCGAUAAUGUAUUUCUGCAUGUACAAGUAAACAACGAUAGUGCUAUCAAAUUCUACGAGAAAUUUGGGUUCGAAAUCGCCGAGGAAAAGAAGAACUACUACAAGCGCAUUGAACCGGCGGACGCCUACGUGUUGCAGAAAUCAUUCCGUGAACCCAAGGCUAGAUCUCCCGGGGAGGUGCUGGAAACCAACACAAAGACAGUCGCCGAGAGUUCGGAAAUCAAUGACUGCGAAGCCACAUCUCCGUCAUGACGGGAUAGACAGUUUGCAAUGAACAGUGUGAUUUUAAGAUGAAACAGUUCAACUCUUAGCUUUUUACCAGUCAUCUUGUUUUGGUUUUUUCCCCAGUCUCUACAAACCAGGAACCAGUGUAUAUAGGACUGAUUUUCAGCAAAUGGUGUGAUUUACAACUAACUCUUUUUUUCAACCAGUCUGUAUGUACCAUGUACUAAUGUAUAUAGGAUAGGUAUUUUCAGUAAAGAGGAAUCUACACAGGCCUUCUGUGGGUCCGAACAUAGGCCCCUUGCCAAAAGAAAUUUUUACUGAAAAUGCCCAAUUUUAAUGCUCAAAAUUCCCAAUGUAUGUAUAUUUAAUUACCGUAUGUCUGUUCCAGUACAUUAAAUCAACAGCUGUGUACUGCAUCAUUCAGUAGCCUGAAAAAAGAUCGCACUCAUUUUCACAAUCACAUCAGACACGGGACCAUGGCAAAAAAUCCUGGGUAAAACUCUGUAAGCUGUGUUAUUUACAAAAAAAGAAAGAAGAAAAAUGAAAAAAAAAGGUGAAAUAUUGAACUUCAUAAGUUCAUGUUUCUAUCAGUCUGUAUAUAUAUAUACAAAUGUGUAUAGAAUAAAACAUUUUCAAUGAAAGGUUAUAUACCAAAAAUAAAUUAAAUUUUUCUACCCGUCUUUCCUGUCUGUAUGUAUUAAUGUAGAUAUCGGUAGGUCCAAAAUGUUCAUUUACCCCCCAAAAAUAUUGUUAACUAGUUUUUUGUCGUUUUUGAGUAUUAAUACUAAUGUAUAUAAGACAGACAUUUUCAGCAUAAAUUUGAAGUCUAGUUUUUCUUUAAUCUGAAUGUACUACAUACUAAUGUAUUUAUAUGCAGGACAGAGAUUUUCAGCAAAUAGUGUCUUUUUAAAAAAACCCAAAAAACCCCAACACCUAAAAUUUAAAUAAUAAAGAAAUCAAAAUCAACCCUAGAUGUUUCUACCAGUCUUUUUCCAGUCUGCAUCAAUCAAGUAUUCAGCGUUCUCCCACCUUUGUGAUACCAACUUCGCACAAAUCCUAAUGCGUAACCCAUUUGGGUGUGGCCCGGUACGGAUCUAGCAAAUAUUGGGGUGGCAUGUGUAUGUGUGUGUUAACGUUAAAAAGAGCAGAUGGACCAGCUUGUGACUGUGAGAAGGGCAAGUCACCCCUGGAAACACAAUCUCAUAAUCCUACGGCCUUGCUAAGAGUGAAUUAAGUUUGGUCUCAGAAACCAUGCGUUCCCUUUCACCAGUGUAGAUGCAGGGGUAUGGGGGAAUGAGUGUUGUAAUCCUGUAACCCUGUUUGUACAUUAAACAAUCUUUCUACCA